CUCGACCUAUGCCAUAAACCCUAACGUAAGCACCGCCCUCGCCCUCUCCCUCUCUCCCUCUCCACGUGGCGACCUACUCGUCAGACUCAGAAAGCGAUAUGGCUGAGGGAUUUUAUCUUCCUGAUCAAAGCAUUGGAGGGACUAGGAUUGGUAAGAUCUUCGUAUCAAAUACAGUAAUCGGUAUGGGAAGUGGUGGGUCCAGAGUGUUCGAGGGCUUGUACGAUGAUGGCACACCUGUUGCGGUCAAACGAGUCGUACAUGAUCAGUUUAAUCUUGCCUAUUGGUGUCCUCAGUUGAUUCAUCCAAAUAUUGUUCGGUAUUGGGCAGCUGAGUAUGACGAGGAUUUCAUGUAUUUUCCUCUAGAGCGCUGUACUUGCAGCUUGUAUGAUUUGAUUCUAGCACUUUCAGCCCCUUCAGAUUCUUCAGAUUUAUCUGUCUCCCCUGAUGAUUCACCAUCAAUGGUUAUGUAUAAGAGCAAGUUGAGAUAUGUUAGGGAUACGAUGCAAGAUGUUAAGUUGUGGAUGGUUGGUGGCCGUCCCUCACCCUUGUUGCUGAAACUGAUGAGGGAGGUGGUAUCAGGACUCGGCUAUUUGCAUGGGUUGGAAAUACUCCAUCAGGACAUAAAGCCUCAAAAUAUCUUGAUUACUGGGAAACCGUUAGUUGCUAAGCUAUCUGAUAUGGGAUCUUACACCAGUAAUGGAACCCCAGGAUGGCAAGCACGGGAGGUGCUUCUUCCUGGUUGUUUUCCAACUCCCGCAAUUGAUAUGUUUAGUUUUGGUUGUGUCCUUUUCUUUUGUGUCACUGGUGGAAAACAUCCAUUUGGAAGACUUCGUGAAUCCAAUAUCUUAAACAAUGCCAUGGAUCUGUCCUCGGUGUCCUCCAUACCGGAGGCUCAUGAUUUGAUAUCGGAUUUACUAAACCCGGAUCCUAUAUUGAGGCCAAAGGCAUCAGAGGUGCUUCAGCAUCCAUUUCUCAUGAAUUCAGAGACAAGACUGUCCUUUUUUAGUGGCUUCAGGGAUAGAGCAGUUGCGAUAGCACACUCCAUGGAUGCUCCAAAACUAGCUAAGGAGAUUGGACGAUUUCCUGCACUCUUGAUGGAGUCCUGUAAGGUGGUGUCUCGAUUCUGCAAAAAAGAUGUCCUUAGGAAGCACUUGAAACUUUUUAAGUGAUGUUUUCACCCUUUGGGAUCAGUGUUGGAAGGAUCUUGAGGAAGAAAUUAGGCGUCAAUUGCGCAUGGCCAAGUUAUACAGCCGGAUAUUUGGUCGUUCCCUUUUAGCAACAGCAUUGGCAUGUAACGGUAUUUAUUUCAGCUUAUCGACCUGAAUCUGAUCUUGGUAGAA